UACUUGAAUUACAAAGUGAACGGUUUGCUUGGCGGUGACAAUAGCAAUUAACCGAAUCAGUGUUACGAAAAUUACGCACUAAAUAACUAAGUAAAUAAUCUUUUGAAACAAGCGCGAUUAUGUCUCCGUAGUAAACACAAAAUAGUGAAUUAUAGAAAACAAUUACAAGUUUAUAAUGAGCAAAUGCUAGAAAAUAUAUGCUGAAAACCUAAAGAAAGACGUUAAGUCACUUUAAAUCAAAAUAAGUGAACUGAAAAGAUUUCAAGUCAAUCACCAUUAAAAAGUGACAACAAGUAUCGCUACUCAGCAAGUUACGUGAAUUGUGAAAGAUAUUUACUUCAAAAGCAACUGUCAACAUCAAGCAGUGAACAAAGUCACAGAUUGACACAUCAAAGAAUGUGAAUGUGAGUUAAAUAAAAAUGUUGAUAAAUAAAUAAUAUUAUACACACACGAAUACCCCUGUAAAGAAAGAAAGAACAAAAAAAGCAAAUUGUGCCCGAGGCAAGGAAAAAGGAAAAUCUGCAAUAAGCCGACUUGCCAGCUCAAUUCCUCAACAACCGCUUGAUUGCAUCGGACGAAGAGAAAGGCGAGCACUAGCUACGUGCCUGAAAGCAUUCCCAUUGGCAACUUUUCACCUGUGCUGCCAAUGCCUAUGCAUUAAUCACACGGACACACACAUCGGUGGCACAUCUUUGCAGCGAGUAGCGCAAAGGAGGCAUGACUGUGCCACGAGUUGUGGCAUCCAUAACGUGACACAUGGCGAUGUACUUUUAUGCCAGCAAGCUCUCGGCCAUCGUCUGUGCCACGCGUUGCAAGCAGACCGUUCUACAAAAGUCGCGCGGCCAACGGGAUCGCGACAAAGACAAAGACAGAGCCUCAAAUCAUCAGCGGCCACGUAAACGACAUCGACAUCACGGCAGCCGAAGCAGAAGACAGAGUAGAUGCCCCCAGAGCAGUUCUGACAGCGACUCCAGCAUCGAAGAGGAUGAUUGCUGUCGCCAUGGCGAGGAGACAACACCUCAGCAUCAGCAUCAGCCUCAACCGGAUGUGGGCAUUUUCUUGCUCAAUGCGGAAGCGUCACAGCUCACCAGCUUAGGAUUGGGAUUGGGAAGUGAGACGACAACAACGACAAUGCACUUCCGACGUCGACACAGCGCUGAACAGUUGAGCGCACACGAUUUGGAAUUAGGUUUUCAACAGUUAAAGGUGACAACAGCAUCCACCGAGGAUGCCAAUCAGUAUGAUGUGCCCAAAAAUCCUCACAAACGCCAUCAAGCUGAUGUCAAUUUUGAGAGCUCUGUGCUGGGCGCCGGUGGCAUUAUGUACAUAAAUGGACGCAUUAUUUCCGGACCACUGGACUCAUUUCCCGAGAUACUCAACCCCAAGAACGUCAUCGACUUGGACAAGGAAUUUCUAUUCUCAUUCUUAUUAUCAUCACGUUUAUUUUUGCGUCCACAUGAGCUGCUGGGCAAACUUCUCGACUCGAUAGCCGAGCGCUUAGAGUGCUUGGAAUCAUUAGUUGUCCUGCUUUCAGAGUGGACAGAGAAAUUUCCAUACGAUUAUCGUGACGAGCGGAUGAUGAAUCAUGUAAAACAUAUCGUAGCUAGUUGCUCGGAUUCACAUCUGGAAGGCGUCGUCUCGCAAGUACUAAGUGCCUUACUUCAACGUUUGACUGAUUUAGAGAGACACGAGACAGAUCUCCGUGCCUGUCAGAGCAACAGCACCGACAAGCCCGUUGCACCUUUAAACUGUCCCACAGCCACACAAUAUGCACAGAUCUUGUGUCGACUCGAAAAGAAGUUGGCCAAACAUAUUGGCGCCGAGGAAUUUCUGCAAUGCAGCAGUAUGAUUCUGCUGGACAAGCAGAAGAAAUGGGACCAACCACCAAGCGCAACGGGUGGACCGCCAGGUGUCCAGGAUCCAAAGAAGACCUGUAACCUGGAAACGUAUCUCGACUGGUCGUCACGUCUGCGUUUGUUUGUCUGCAAUGAGAUACUGCAGUGCUCGGGCAUUGAAGAGCGCAGCCGAACUGUCGAACUGUGGAGCGGAGUGGCUCAAUAUUGUCUGCUCGUGGGCAACUACAACAGCGCAACGGCCAUACUCGAGUCACUCGAGUCGCCGCCAAUUGCCCGCCUCAAAAUUACGUGGAGCAAGUUACAAGUGACAUGUCAACAAUUGGACUGCAUGCAACGUCAUGCCGAAGGACACGGACAUUUAUGGCAGAAGCAAGCCACAGUCCUAAAUGAGCAGCAGCAGCUGAGUCUAAAGACUGAUAAGCAGGCUAAGACAGUCGUUUCGAUAACAGAGAAUCCAUCAUCAUCAUCAGCAUCAUCAGGAGUAGAAGUAGCAGCAGCAGCAGCAAUGACGCCCUCGACUUCGACAGAGCAAGUGGACUUGAGUGCGAAAGCCUCAAGUAGUUGCGGUAUUGGACAACCAGUUGGCAUCCCAGUCGCUUCCGGCUUGAAUGCAAUGCCUGCUGCUUCAAUGGAGCAGCUAUCUCAUGGCAUGCCUGUGGCUGGCAGCAGCAGCAGCAGUAAAGCGGAUAUAGUUAAGGCAACAACAACAACAACGACAACGACGGCAACCAUUUGCGGCAAACCCAACGAUUGGGUUGUUAUUCCGGUGUUUGCGGAUAUUGUUAAAUUGGCGCUGGCCGAACGCGAAAACUGUUUGCAACUUUUACCAAAUGGCCACAUCAAUAUAAUUGCCUUCGAUCGAAUGGCGGCAAUUGUUGGUGCUUUCACCAAGCACAUGCAGGCAAUGAAGGCAACGGCGGUGGCGCCAUCUAGCAGCGAGUAUGAGCACUUCUGCAGCCAUAUGCAACAAACUACAAAACUUGGCGAAGCGGACCUUAUGAUGGCCUCAUUCGACUGCGAAGAGCCGAACAAUGCUGAGAAGCUCAUGUAUGAUUUGAAUUAAUGAGAAUGAGAGUAAACAAAACUUUUCAGAAAAGCAACAACAACGCAUCAUGGAGGCCAUGGAGGCGUACUUCUAACUCAUAGGGCACAGCUGCUGGCUGCUGACUGCUGAUUGACUAACUGACUGAUUGACAGAGUAAACCCAGCGGGAUCCUUAUUGAUCAGGCGUCUCAAGUCGACUCACUUCCUCCCCGCGGAGGCCUCCGGUAAACGUUUAACGAGCAACGAGCAACGAG